AUGAUCUUCUUCACUAACGCGCUGCGUAAAAUGAUUGAUAAUCUCGGACGUGAUAAGAUAGAAUAUGGUAUAAGAAGUUGUGGCAAGCUGCUACGGUUCAUUCAUUCAGAACGCAUCGCAAUUCAAGGAGUGAAGCCUCGUCGUCCAAUAGUGGGACUCCAAGAGCAGGGAUUCGAGGCUUCCUGCAAUAAACUUGUCCAUGAUACACAUCGUCAUACACAGUCAGCAAUCGACAGAAAACACCGCGCGGCAACAAAGCACUACAAAUUUGAUGCAUCGGCAAACUACGAGCUCAGAAAGCUCUAUGACUUGGCAGCAGAAGUUGACAACCAAGAAAACACCAAUAUUGGUGAUCAAGAAGGUCCCGAACAGUACAUAAAAAGAGCAGAAACCAUAAUAUCGAAGGCGUUCGAUUUCGUAGUCAUCUUACAGGGCCGCCUCCUCGGUUGCUUGUACACAACACGAGUUGAUCAGGCAAUCCCCAUGAAAACGGCGCAAGCUUCUCCGGAAGCAAUACCAGUACCAGAGAGUCCCGUACAGCCCAAAGCUAUAGAGUUACCACCGCUUCCCAUUCCAACCUUCGAUGGGGAUAUAUGGGAGUGGGAUAACUUCUGGAAGAUUCUCGAUAGCAACAUCAAUUCGAAGGAUCCUGAGAAGGUUGAGUACAAUUACUUGUUGAACGCAUGGAAAGGAAGGCACGAGAGGCUAUUGUCAAGUUCAGAGACCAGCGCUCCCUUUCAGCAAAUUCAAACCAUUAUUGUUCCGUCAGAGGACAAGGGAGAAAACAUAAACAGCUCAUGGUUUAUCAGGAGACUUGCUAAAUUUCCUGGCUCCACUAACCAGAAGGUUAUCAAUAAGAACAAGGACUGA